AUGCAGUCUCAUCUCGCCGCCUGGGACGAAUUAGUGGAACAAGUGAGGAAGGGAGAGCGAGCAGAAGAGGCCGUUGGUCUGCAAGACAAGCAGGAGAACCUGAGCAAGUGUGGCGAGUUCUGGCAGAAGUUGGUUGUGAGGGGAGUAGGAGACACACCACUCUCCUUCCUCCCUCCUGACCUGGGGGACCUACUGGAGAGUGUCACCCCAUCUCCUCAUGAGGAGUUAGUAGUACUACCUCCACAUGUCUGCCUCGACAGUGUGCUGCAGCCUGAGUUUGUGGUUCCCCCAGCAGAGCUGCUAGAGCAGUGCAGGAAGGAGCAGGUGGAAGGCGAGCCAGUGACUGAGAGAGGCAAGAGAAAGAGGGAAGAAUCUGUCGAAGAGCCAAACUUUCCCCUCUCACCCAAUACUGUCAAUGAUGUCAUUGACUUGACACAGGAACAGUAGUUAAUGUAUACACAAUCAAUCGUGACUCAAAGUGAAAAGGAAGAGUGUUGGUUCACUACAUAGUUCGUGAGUCACAAGGGGCCGUAUCUUGCACAUACACACUUUAACAUUGUCUCUAAAAAUAGAUAAAAUUACCAGCAAAUGAUUGAGAAUACAACAUACAAUAAUAAGCCGACUAGAUUCAUUCAAUGAGUUUCUUUGCUUGAAAGAAUCUGCGGAGGUAGAAUAUCUGCCAGGCAGCCAGGAACAGGAGACACAGCAUCGAGAAAACUCCGAAGUAGAGGACGCGGG